AUGUCUGUCAUUGCGAAGCUAUUUCAGUCUUCUGAUGUCGUUCCAACAGGGUUAAUUAUAAGAGAUGGCUUCAAUAUCGCUCGAUAUCGAACAGCGGGAGAACCUGAAAUAGCCACCUGGGAUUACACAGGGGACCAGGACGAUGAGCCGGCAAUUGAAUGCCUUGUGCUAGAGGAGUGCCGUAAAAACAGCUGUACCCUCGCUCUCCGGCAUCCGAAAGAAAGAGGAGAUGAUGAUGCGGUCCAUGAUCCAGACUUCGAGCCGGUAGAGAUGGACUUCAGCAACGAUCCGUAUGAAUGCGACUCAGAGUAUGAAUCUGCCGAUGCCAUGAGUGUCUCGGAGAGUGAAGAGGAGAAUGAAGAGUGCAGUGACAGGAAGGUGUACGAAGAUUUCCUGUCGAGGACUAUUGACCGACCGCAUCAAUUAAGAGGCGAACCAGUUGGUGCCUUUGCCUACUCGACAGCCGUUAAGAUGGACACUCUGGUUCCAAUAACAUCAGGCGAAUUGCCAGAUAAUUACGACCCCGAAGGUCUCGAGCACCUCCCCGGCGCUGCCUGUGGCGAAGCAAACGCAUACUCCGGCGCAGCAAUCUCCCUUGCAGAGAUGAGGGGAUGUCGCACCGCCCAGUUCCUCGUCCACAAAAGCUGUGCUCUGGGUGGUUGGCAGCCUGAUGGACUCCACGAGGCGUGGGAGAUGACGGAAGAUUGGUUCCUUUCGGGAGUCUGCGAUGGGAUGAUAUCGCGUGAUUGUGGCUACCCUACUGUCUGGCCUGCGCGAGGGGGGCUUGAAAAGGUGGCAUCUGAUAAUGUCAAUUUUGAUCCUGAACAUUUCGACUCAAAUAAGCUUGCAAUGCCUUUUCACCCGUGGUGCUUCGACACCUUUUCCCGCCAGUCAAAGGCACUAUUUAACAGGGUGAAUGUAUCGGGUUUGAUGAAAUGGCGAAAUGCUGAGUGUAGCUAUGAAGCGUUCUUUGAAUUCCCGCGUAUCGCGGAUGUCUUCGAGGCGCAGGAGCAGUUUUGGCGACAUGUGCCAGGGCAAGAGUAUCUGUCUGCCAAUCCACUCUAUGUGCCUGGCUUACCAGCGUUGCUUCGAGCUGCUGAGCGGAAUGACACGACAGGCUAUGAAACGGCUUCGGUCUCAGCGUCCUUCUUCCAGACAAACAGACUGGCUUCUUUACCCUUGGAUGUGCGCCUCCAUAUAAUAGACUUUUUGGAGUCCGCCGAUAUCCUGAGACUCCGAGUGGUGUCAAAGGCGUUUGCGCAACUGCCCAACAGUGUGUGGCACCGUCUCGUUCGCGGAGAGAUGCCGUGGCUAUGGGAAGCUUGGGAUGAUUCUGAAAUCGACCAUACCCCUUCUCCUUGGACAACGAUGACCGCAAAUGAGGUUAAGUUUUUCAACCAGACCCGAAAACGCUACCAUAAGGUAUUGCGUAAUGAGUCUACCACGGUUGACACAACGGUUGAGCAUUUACUUCCUCGUCCCAUUCUGGAGACGGAAUCGGUCAAUCUCACAAAGGCAAAUACCAACUGGCACACGGUAUAUACGACUAUUAAGCGCAACUGGGCCUGCCUCAAGGGACUGCGCAAUCGUAAGCGGAUCUGGGAAGAUGUUGCGGAGAUUAUCAGACGCAUCCAGAAAUAUGAUGAGCAGUAAUCAGAUGACCCAGAGCCACAUAUUCCAGUCAAAGAUUUUCGAACUCUACCAAGACAGAAACUUAGCGAAACUUAGCAUCAUGUAUCUAUCCAAUUUGGGUUUGCCUU